AUGGAUUCCAGUGGAAAAUUAGAAAAGGAGCGGCAGAAUUUAGAAGCAUUUAAAGAACAGGUACAACGUAAUAACCAACUAUCAGAUAAAAUGGUCGAUAUCCUAACGUCGUUUGAAAAUAGACUUGGUAGACUUCAACAAACUAUACUGCCGAUUUAUAAUGAAAUGGAGAAUCUACAGUUAAAAAAGACAAACAUUGAAAAAACAAUGUUUGCAUUGGACAGAGUAAUAAUGUUCCAUGAUGUGUGUCCAAGAGUUGAAUCGAUUAUUUUAGGAAGACCAAAUGGGUCAGAUGGUUUGAAUGAGUACUUGGAUGCCAUGGAAAAACUACGUGAGGCACAAAACUAUUUUGAAAAGAAUAAUCCUCAAAGUGUUGAACUAGAAAAUGUGUCGUCACUGUUUAAGACUGGAGGAGAUAGUAUCCAGAGAGAGUUUAAAGAGAUCCUUUUGAAGCAUAGUAGACAUGUUCAACCAGCAAUUUUGAUCGAUAUUUCUACGAAUGAUGAUGAGUUGGUAACUGAUGAUUCAUCUUCUGUGAGUUCUAUUAGCCAUUUCUCUGAAAUUGUUUCCUCGGAUCUAAUUCGUUUAGCAGAUUGGUUAAUCAGUCAAUCUCGAGACGAAUACAUGAAUGUGUAUGCUAGAGUACGAGCUAACACUCUCACCAAAUCAAUGACUACUCUUAAAGAAUACCAGAAAACUGGAAGUGCUGGAAGCACUAAUAUGGCCAUUGGGCAGACUAUGGGUUCACCUUCAGUAAAGUCCAAAUUUCCCCAUAGAUCUGAAGUUACUGUCACUAGAAAAACUUCUAAACGUAUCCAGCACGUAUUCGAGAAAAAAGCUAAUCGUAUGUUUUUGAAAGCAUCUCAAACAUUAGGACAGUCGACCGGUUUGAAUUUGGGGAACAGGAGACCUACACUUAUAGAAAACCGCGAAGACAUUGUUGAUGAACAAGAAAUGGAAAAUUAUCUUAUUUCUGUAAUUGCUCUGCAAAAACUCAUGCAAGCAGAACUGUCACUGAUGGUUGGUAUAAUACCAAUCAAACAUCACCAUCAAGUAUUCCAAAUCAUUAUUCAAGAAAGCCUCGCUAAUAUUGUUCACGAAGGAGAGAGCAUAGCUACCAGAGCAAAAAGAUGUAUUCAUAGAAAAGAAUUUGCCAAUUUGUUUGUAAUGUUUCCAAUUUUAAAACAUUUGGCUGCCAUGAAGUCUGAAUUUGAACGUACAAUGGAAGGCUGUGAUCCCACCAUUAGAGGUCAAUAUUCAAUUAUACUCAAUACACUUCACUCCACGGGUGUUAGAACACUAGAAGAAAUAGUUGAAAGUGUGAGAACUGACAAUUCUAUGGGGUUGCCGCGAGAUGGCACAGUUUAUCAAUUAACUAGCGAUGUGCUUGUGUUGAUGGAACAACUUCUUGACUAUAUAGACAGUGUGGGUCCUCUUUUAGCUCAAGUGCCAUUAUAUAACAACAUGGUAUCACAUCAUGUCACUGCACCGGAAAAAUACAAGUAUCUUUUAGGACUUUAUAUCAAGAAAGUGUUGUCUCAGUUGAACCUAAUGCUUGUGAAUCGUAGUGACUCCUACAGCGAACCAGGUGUCAAAUAUUUGUUUCGUUUGAACAAUUGUCACUAUGUAGUCAAAUCAUUACAGAGGUCAGCUCUAUUAGAUAUAGUUUCUUUGACUGAACCUGAAUGUGAAAAUACCUACGAUGAGAUGAUUGCGUCACAUAAAAAGUCUUAUCAACAAUGUUGGAAUAGAAUACUAGGUUUCAUAGUUAAUUUGGAUGAUGUUCAAGUUGUAAAUGGCAGACUCAAGGAUAAGGACCGUAAUAUAAUCAAAGAGAGAUUUUCUGGUUUUAAUAAAGAAAUUGAAGAAGUACUCAAGCUUCAAAGAGGUUAUACAAUACCUGAUGUUGAAUUACGAGAAGGGUUGAAACGUGAUAAUAAGGAAUUUGUUUUACCAAAAUACAGUGCAUUUUAUGACAAAUUUUCUCAGUCGUCGUUUACCAAAAACCCAGAAAAAUAUGUCAAGUACACUCCAGCUCAAGUGUCUGCUAUGCUCGAUCGAUUCUUUGAUGUUGCUGCUUAA